AUGGCUGCGUUCCGGGUGGAUCCAGCAUCUGGAGAACUGGAUGAGCCGCGGGAGAGGCUGAGGCCGAGGCCGCGGCCGGGUCAGAGUUGCUCGAAGAGAGUGCUACUCAGUGGAAGUGCUUGUAUUUUCCAGCCUACGACACAGCAGUCGCCUCAGGAUGAGCAGGAGAAGCUCUUGGAUGAAGCCAUACAGGCCGUGAAGGUCCAGUCGUUCCAGAUGAAGAGAUGCCUGGACAAAAACAAGCUUAUGGACGCUCUGAAACAUGCCUCCAACAUGCUUGGGGAGCUCCGGACUUCCAUGUUAUCACCAAAGAGCUACUAUGAGCUGUAUAUGGCUAUUUCUGACGAGCUGCACUACCUGGAGGUCUACCUGACGGACGAGUUUGCCAAGGGAAGAAAGGUGGCGGAUCUCUAUGAGCUGGUGCAGUACGCGGGGAACAUCAUCCCCAGGCUCUACCUGUUGAUCACGGUUGGAGUUGUGUACGUCAAGUCAUUCCCUCAGUCCAGGAAAGAUAUUUUGAAGGACUUGGUGGAGAUGUGCCGGGGUGUUCAGCACCCCCUGCGAGGCCUCUUUCUGCGGAACUACCUUCUUCAGUGCACCAGAAACAUUCUGCCCGACGAAGGCGAGCCCACAGACGAAGAAACAACUGGCGACGUGAGCGACUCCAUGGAUUUCGUACUACUCAACUUCGCGGAAAUGAAUAAGCUCUGGGUGCGAAUGCAGCAUCAGGGACACAGCCGAGACAGGGAGAAAAGGGAACGGGAGAGACAGGAGCUGAGGAUUUUGGUGGGAACCAAUCUGGUGCGCCUCAGUCAGCUGGAAGGCGUCAAUGUGGAGCGUUACAAACAGAUUGUUUUGACGGGCAUACUGGAGCAAGUCGUGAAUUGUAGGGAUGCUUUGGCUCAAGAAUAUCUCAUGGAGUGUAUCAUUCAGGUUUUUCCUGAUGAAUUCCACCUUCAAACUCUGAAUCCUUUUCUUCGGGCCUGUGCCGAGUUACACCAAAAUGUAAAUGUGAAAAACAUAAUCAUCGCUUUAAUUGAUAGAUUAGCUUUAUUCGCUCACCGUGAAGAUGGACCUGGAAUCCCAGCAGAUAUUAAGCUUUUUGAUAUAUUUUCACAGCAGGUGGCUACGGUAAUACAGUCCAGACAAGACAUGCCUUCGGAGGACGUCGUGUCCUUACAGGUGUCUCUCAUCAACCUCGCCAUGAAGUGCUACCCGGACCGUGUGGACUAUGUCGACAAAGUUCUAGAAACGACAGUGGAGAUAUUUAAUAAGCUCAACCUUGAACAUAUUGCUACCAGCAGCGCAGUUUCGAAGGAGCUCACCAGACUUUUGAAGAUACCUGUUGACACGUACAACAAUAUUCUAACCGUCUUGAAACUGAAACAUUUCCACCCGCUCUUUGAGUACUUUGACUAUGAGUCUAGAAAGAGCAUGAGUUGUUACGUGCUUAGUAACGUUCUGGAUUAUAACACGGAAAUCGUCUCUCAAGACCAGGUGGAUUCUAUAAUGAAUUUGGUGUCCACGCUGAUUCAGGACCAGCCAGACCAACCCGUAGAGGACCCUGAUCCCGAGGACUUCGCCGACGAGCAGGGCCUUGUGGGCCGAGCCAUUCAUCUUCUGCGGUCGGAAGACCCUGACCAGCAGUACUUGAUUCUAAACACGGCACGGAAACAUUUUGGAGCUGGCGGGAACCAGCGGAUCCGCUUCACGCUGCCGCCCCUGGUGUUCGCGGCGUACCAGCUGGCGUUUCGCUACAAGGAGAACGCGAAAGUGGAUGACAAAUGGGAGAAGAAAUGCCAGAAGAUUUUUUCCUUUGCUCACCAGACAAUCAGCGCUUUGAUCAAAGCGGAGCUGGCAGAGUUACCCCUGAGGCUUUUCCUUCAGGGGGCUCUCGCCGCUGGAGAAAUCGGUUUUGAGAAUCAUGAAACAGUAGCGUAUGAAUUUAUGUCCCAGGCGUUUUCUCUGUACGAAGACGAGAUCAGCGAUUCCAAGGCGCAGCUGGCGGCCAUCACCCUGAUCAUCGGCACGUUCGAGAGGAUGAAGUGCUUCAGCGAGGAGAACCACGAGCCCCUGCGGACACAGUGCGCCCUGGCCGCGUCCAAGCUGCUCAAGAAGCCCGACCAGGGCCGGGCCGUGAGCACCUGCGCCCACCUCUUCUGGCCCGUCAGGAACACGGACAGAAACGGCGAGGAGCUUCACGGAGGCAAGAGGGUAAUGGAAUGCCUAAAGAAAGCCCUAAAAAUAGCCAAUCAGUGCAUGGACCCCUCUCUACAAGUGCAGCUUUUUAUAGAAAUCCUGAACAGAUACAUCUAUUUUUAUGAGAAGGAGAACGACGCGGUCACGAUUCAGGUUUUGAACCAGCUUAUCCAAAAGAUUCGAGAAGACCUCCCAAAUCUUGAGUCCAGUGAAGAAACAGAGCAGAUUAACAAACAUUUUCGGAACACGCUGGAGCAUCUGCGCUUGAGGCGGGAAUCACCAGAAUCUGAGGGGCCCAUCUACGAAGGCCUCGUCCUUUGAAGGAGGCGGGCUCACCACACUCCCUUCCCUGUACAUCCAGUGAGGGUUCUGCUAUCCUAGGUUUUCCUUCCAUAGAUUGUGCCUUUCAGAAAUGCUGAGGUAGGUUUCCCGUUUCUUACCUGCGAUGUGUUUUACCCAGCACCUCCGGACGCUCACCUUCAAGACCUUAACAGAGUUAUCCACGUCGUAAGUGUUCAGGCCUGUCUGAUUGCCCCAAGUAGCAUGAUUGAUUUGCGAUUUAAAAUUCCUAUGAUCUGUAAAAAAAAAAAAAAAAAAAAAACAAAAACAAAAGAAAAGAAAACAAAAAUACUUAAAAACCACUUCUCUCGGCCACUAAUGAAACUCUCCUUCCCUUUCUGUUUCGUUUCAUUGUUGAUUGUGUAAUUCUCUUCAUUACUUGGGGUACUAACCCGAAAGCGUCUGUCUCUUUGUUCUCUAGUCCAAUUCGAGGUUAAUUUAGAGGAAAGGGAUCCUGUAUGUGAAAUUCAGCUUGGGCUUUUCCCUAAAUGCAAGAUGAGGCCAUGUAUAAUAUUUUCCCGACAACUAGACUAUAUUAAUGCAUGUUUGAGGAUUUUAAAGCGCCAUGGUCAAAACCAGAAGCUAUAUUUUGCAUAUUUGGACUCGGCCAUCCAUCAAACCUAUGUUGUCCUCUGACAUAUUUAUCAAAAUAAUUUUGUUCUAAAUAGUAUAAAAUAGAAAAUUUGUGAUCUAUAUAAUUUAUGUAUAACCUUCAUUAUUGUAAAUUUAGGGGGAAAUGCAUCAUACAAUUAUGAUUUUUUUUUUUUUUUUUGCACCAGUGAGAAUAAAGUUGCUAUUAACAA